ACUAUCGAGUUACAACUUUUAAACAUUCACCACUUGAAUCGAAAAUUGACAAGCAGAAGAGCGAAUUUUUAAUGAUGAUAAACAAAAAGUUGAUUUUUCUUUUGUUCGUUUAUGUGCUGAUCAACGUUAGUGAAUCUUCCCCAAUUCCGAAUGGUCAGGACAACGUCCAAGUUAAUUUAGAUGGUAGCUCCGUGAAACUCCUUCAAGGUCAAGAAAAUAUCAUUAAAAAUUGCAUUCCUACACCUUAUGGCUGCAUCGACAUAUCUGAUCCAGCUUUUCGUCCCAAAAUAGGCGAUGGACCAGGGCAUUCGAAAUGCCCCUGUAUCCCUGUUCCUGGAUGGGGAUGUAUCGAUCCGUGUGAUCCCAGCGUAAGACCCUAAAGAUAUCCCGAAAACCAUGCUAUCUGUAGUUAUUACUCAAUAAAUAUAAAUUAGUCAUA